AAUCUCAUAACAUUUUUAUUUCUUUAUAGACGGUCAUAAGUUUGAUUACAAAAAUGUGCAAAGUUUCAACUUUUCCAAGUUAACUUUUAUUAAUUAAAUAAUUUCGGAAAAUCAUAAUGUUACAAAAAGUUGGAUGUUUGAGACAAAUUUUGAAGAAUCAUGAUCAGAAUCUAUUGAAACGAUUACUCUACAACAAACAAUUUCAUAUCGACUUACAGAAAAAAUCAAUUCAAAAUAUUCGGUUUCUGACAACAUGCGAUAACAACUCUAAUUCUUUAAAGCCUAAUGACCCUAUACAAAAUAAUGUGAUCCAAAACGCAAUAAAAUCAUUCAGAGCUAAUCCUUAUGUGAGAAUUAUGAGAUUAGACCGACCAAUAGGUUCAUGGCUUUUGUUUUGGCCUUGUGGUUGGUCUAUUGCUUUGAGUGCCUCACCAGGAUGUUUGCCAGAUCUGUCAAUGUUAGCUCUAUUUGCUGCUGGUUCUGUAAUAAUGCGUGGUGCAGGAUGUACAAUAAACGACCUCUGGGAUAAAGAUAUUGAUGCAAAGGUUCAACGAACUAGUACAAGACCUCUUGUUACCAAAGAAUUGACAAAACUUGACGCUUGGUUUUUCCUCGGUGCACAACUGGGAACUGGUCUUUUAAUUCUUCUUCAAUUAAACUGGAAUAGCAUUCUUCUUGGUGUCAGUUCCUUAUGCUUAGUUAUAGUUUACCCAUUAAUGAAAAGGAUUACAAAUUGGCCACAACUCGUACUAGGAUUAACAUUCAAUUGGGGUGCACUUUUAGGAUAUUCUGCUGUACACGGUGAAGUGCUGUGGUCCGCAUGCUUGCCAUUAUAUGCCGCUGGUGUUUGUUGGACAAUUGUCUACGACACUAUUUAUGCUCAUCAAGAUCGUGUUGAUGAUUUAAUUAUUGGUGUAAAGUCAACCGCUCUCAGAUUUGGAAGAGAUACUAAAAAGUGGCUCACUGGAUUCUCCGGUGUUAUGAUCACAAGUUUAUUAACAACUGGAUAUGUUUGUGAUUUAUCUUGGCCAUAUUAUACUUCAAUUUUAAUAACUUCCGCACAUAUUGCACACCAAAUAUAUACGUUAAACAUUGACAAUCCAUCUGAUUGCGCAAAGAAAUUCAUCUCAAACAAUCAUGUUGGACUUAUUCUAUUUGGUGGAAUUCUCUUAGGAGUACUUAUGCAAAAUCCUGAAUCAAAGAAAAAUAAGGAUCCAUCAUUAAUUUUCCAAAGCUUGACAAAUUCUCAACACAAAAUGUUUUGGCACAAGAAAAACAAAAUUUUGUCAAAGGCACAACUAAAGCAUUUAAGCGAUCACAAAUACAAUUGUACAUCAGACUCUUAUCUGGACAAAAUUCUUCAAGUUUGGUGGUGCUGGUUAGUGUCAAAAACUCCUUUAUACAUCGCGCCCAACCUGUUGACGAUCGUUGGACUUUUUGUGAAUAUUUUAACAUCUGUAAUUCUUAUCUGGUAUGCUCCAGAUGCAAAAGUUGAAGCACCUCGAUGGUGCUAUUUGUCAUGUGCAAUUGGCUUAUUUAUUUACCAAUCAUUGGACGCAAUUGAUGGAAAACAAGCAAGAAGAACGAACACCUCAAGUCCGCUAGGUGAACUUUUUGAUCAUGGAUGUGAUAGCAUUUCAACGGUAUUUGUUAGUAUUUCUGCUUGUUGCGCCAGUGGCCUUGGAAAUCAUCCAUCAGCGAUGUUUCUUAACUGUACCAUCGCUGUUAUACUAUUCUACGUAGCACAUUGGCAAACUUACAUAACUGGAACUCUUAAAUUUGGAAAAUUUGAUGUAACAGAAGCUCAGUUUUGUAUCAUAUUUAUUCACACGAUGUCAUUCUUCUUUGGAAUUGAAGUUUGGCGUACAAAGAUUCUUGGUACUGAACUUUGGUUUGGUAUGGCAAUUUUCUAUAUUUCUACGUCAUUCUUAGUCCUGGCCAAUUUUUGUCGAAUAUUUAGCACAGGAGGAAUCGGUAAAAAUGGUUCGACUGUUGCUGGCACCAGCAUAAUCUCACCAAUCUUACCUUUUCUUCUCGUCAUCAUCCCAGCGUUUAUCAUUAGUGAAAAGUCACGAAGUGGAUUGUAUGCUAAUCAUCCUGUCCUAUAUAUGUUGACAUUCGGUCUGCUUGCAGCUAAAGUUUCUUGUAGACUGGUUGUUGCACAUAUGUCGAAAAGCGAAAUGAAUUACUUCGACUCAGAGGAUUUAGUGGUCAUGGCGAAUGAUUAUUCUGAUUUAGAUCGAGCUAUUUUACAGACAACAAUGGGCAAAGGUACUAUAGAGGAGAAAGAAUUUCAUUGUAUUUACAAUAAAAUGAGAAAGAUUUUUUUACCACAAGAGACAAUAAUACCAGAUAACAGCUUUGUUCAGAGUAUUGAGGCCAUAAAUGAGAAAAUCAGUACAUUCGAUCAAAAAAUUAUCUUAUAUGAAUAUGGAUUGACAGAUGAAAAAUUCUACGUUUUUGCAUCAACAGCAAAAACUUCAAUGUCAAAAAUGCAAGACAGCUAUAAUGAGACUGAGCUCGAUUUCUUCAAACUCAUUCUUGCAAAAAUUAUUGAAAAUGAAGAUCUCCUCAUUUCACCGCGUGCUGCAUUAAACCUCACUUCACACAUUACCGGAACCAAAAUCACUAAGAUGAGAGCUCAAAAGCUGUUGGACAACUGGACUCAGUCUCAUUAUUUCUUCAAUCAAAACAACAACAUUUAUCUUGGAGCAAAACUUCUCACUGAGUUCAAAGAACUUCUUCAAAGCAUGGAUUUGAGCUAUCUUAAAAGCUGUUUAUUAUGUGAAUGUAUUGCUCUUUGGGGUAAACAUUGCGCAUUAUGUGGUACAACUUACCAUUCAUCAUGUAUACAAACGUAUCUAUCAAAAUCAGGCAAAUGUCCAAGUUGCAAGGAGAAGUGGAUAGUUAACGGACCUGUUUAAACUUUGAAGCAAACAUUUCAUUCCAUUUAUUUUUUAAAUUUAAAAACAUUCAAUGCAAAGAUAUUCAAUGAUUCGAAAUAUCCAAGACUGCUACUAGAUAGAUCAGAUUAUAUUUUUUUCUUUUUCCUCUCUCUCUUCUCUUCUUCAAACAAACAAUCACAGUAUAAUCUCAAUUGAUAGAUCAAAAGUCACUUUCACUAGUUCAGCCCAUGCUGUGAUUAUUUAUUGUAUUUUUCAUUCACAUAUAUUUAGAAGCGACGGGCUGUUUUCAAUCUAAGUUAUCAAAUAACACAUCAUGCUUCAUAAUUCAAUUAUAUUAUCACGAGGUUAAGUUUGUCAGCAGGCCAUAGAUCAAUUAGUGAAAUUUUCUACUAUACCUUUCAUUUAUUUAUUUUAUUAUCAAAAGGCUUAACGUUUUGUGCUUUCUUAAGAGCCUCAAGACGACAAUAGGUGAAACCAACAAGUCAUUAACUUUUGUUUGUAUUGGCUUUUUGUUUCGCAAGAGUUGUGACUUUUUUCUUUCUUUCUACUCGGUAGCUUACACGUUGUGAUAAUAUUAAAAGCUUGAGUAGGUAUCUAGUCACUUCUUCGAUGAGUUUUUAGUGGUUUCCAAUUUAGCUUGACUUGAAAAGAUUUCGUUUCACUUUAUUCAGCAAUUGUGGUUGUUGGGAGGCAUAAUGCAAGGGAAGACAUCGACAAUUUGUUGAAACCAGAAUGUAAAAAAAAUAAUUUAAGCUUUAAACAAAAGGAAGAAAAUUUCUAUGGUUUGUUUAAUCACCAUAAAACACUCAUGAAGCACUUUGUCCCACUUUCAAAAAUAAAGCUGAUGAAGAGAAGAAAAUAAGCAUUUGAAAAGAGAAAAAGAAAAAUUCACUUUUCGAUAUACGGAAACUGUUAAAAAGGUAGAGAAAUAAGAAAUAUCUAAUAAAAUGUGCAUUGAAAGGAAAGCGAAAAGUUGAGAAUUCAAGAUUUUUA